AUGCCCACAGUAAAGCGAAACUGUUGGUGUUGCUGACGCAGACCAUUGGUUCUUUUUCUACUAAUUCGAAAUGACUCUUCAUCCUACCGUACUCUGGGCUCAGCGCAACGACCUUAUUUAUUUGACGGUCCAGCUUGUUGACAUUACCAAACCUCAAAUUGAUGUAAAACCAGAGCGUUUCCAUUUCAAGGGAAAAGGCGAGAAGGAACAGAAUGAGUAUGAAGCUGAAAUCGAGUUCUAUGGUCCUAUCGAUGUAGAGAGAUCCAAGCAACACUUGACUCCUCGCAACUUGACGAUGCUUAUUUAUAAGAAGGAUGAGGGCUACUGGCCGCGUCUGCAAAAGGGCUCCAAGCUCAACUAUGUCAAGGUUGACUUCUCAAGAUGGAGAGACGAGGAUGAAGAAGAAGAGGAGGAAACACAACAAGACCCAAUGGGUGGUAUGGACUUCCAGAGCUUAAUGUCUCAGGCUAGCGGUAACUUGCCUAACAUGGAGGACUUGGUACGUAACGUCUUGGUCAAUGUCGUGUAAAGAAGGGGGUAAAGGACUAGCCUUAUUUUGAUCUGAUUGUUUUUUUUUUCUUGCGUUUCCUAUACAAAAUAGCCAGAGGAUGAUUCAAGCAGCGACGAAGAAGAUGCAAAGGAUAAGGCGCCCGAAAAGAAAGGUAUUCUUUAGUUAAUUUUUUUUUUAAAAUCGAUGAUGUGUUCUUGUCUAUCGGGCCUGAAGCUUACUUUCUUUUCUUUUGUUUGCAAAGAUUAAUCUUGACAAUAAACACAAAAUUGUGACAAACCGGUUAAACCGGCUAAAGAGUGCCAUGUGUGUAUUUGUAUGUGUGUUGUGUUUGGGAGGACUGACUGUGAUAAAAAAAAUUGGGAUACACUAUGAGAGUCGUAGCAUAUUGUAUACAAAGGGAAUGUCAACUAUGGUGCAAUAAGUUUCAAGACAAUCCUUUCUUGGCUCAAUGAAUG